GUGGGUGUGUGUGGGGCUUGGUCUCUCUCUGCUGCUCUGUGUGAGUGAGUGAGGGAGAGGAGUGAGAGUGAGUGCGCGCGCGCGCGUGUGAGUCUGCAGCUUUCCUCAGGGCUCCUGCCUCUCUCUCUCUCUUUCUCUCUCUACCUCUACCUCCUUCUCUCACACACUCAAACACACACGCACGCGCUCGCAGGGUCGGUCCCAGACGCCCCGUCUGCAGCCUCUCUCUCUCUCUCAGUCUGGGACAGACAGCGCGAGCGGAGAGAGGGGGAGAAGGACGGAUCCCGCUAAAAGGGAGAAGAGAGCGGAAGCGCGCGCACCAUGAGUCCAGGCGCUACGGCGGCGCGGAGCUGAGUGGCACGAGGAUGGCAAGCGGAGGGAGGGAGGAGAGGAGGACGCGCGGCUGAAGGAGGAGUGCGGCGCGUGCGUUCAUUCAUUCCGGAGGCUGCUGCUCGUGCUCGUACUGUUGCAUCGCAUCGCGCGCAUAGCUCUCUCUCUAUCCUCGUCUAUCUAUCCAUCCGUCCGUGCCGAGGAUGCUCCAUUAAGCUCGCGCUGACAGCUCUCGUGCUUUUUUCGUUACGUCCUGCGGCGCCUGGGCUCCAGAAAACCGGAUAUAACGCACGCGCUCUCAGAUAACGGACACCAUAUCUGAAGAAAGCCUUUGGAUAUAUCCCAUAUAAAGGAUUUACAAAAGUUUGGCUUGACUCUACUGCUGCUUUUUCUCUAGACAUUUUCUUCAUGCCUCAGGGUUGGCUUUGAAAACUCAUGAAAGUGUUUUUGUCUGUUUUUGUCGAUCACCAGUGGAUAUAAAACCAGUUCUGCUGUAGCGCGAUUUGGAGUGCAAACAGGCUACAACAUUGCCCUCCAUGGUUUCUGCCCAUCUAAAGAAGCUAUCGUCUUACAUUUUUAAGAUUUGCAAAGGAAUGUUUACAAAGAAACUGGCAAAUACCACAAAGAAGAAAGAGAGUAGCGAAAAUAAAAAAGAUCCCAAAUCGUCCCCCGAAUUGCACGCUCGGAAUACGACCUUUUCCACCACGUUGAAAAGCACAGUUAAAAAGAUUUCUAAAUGCUCGUCAGCACGCAAUAUAUCUCUUGAAGAAGACGACGGUAAAAACGACUGCUCUUCUCUGUCUCCCACGUUCAGUUACCGCGUGGCUAUUGCUAACGGACUCCAAAAGAAUGCUCUCCCACUGAAUAAUGAAUUUCACGAAAUAUUGUCUAUUGACAGCAGUUACUCUGACUCUCUAAACGAGGCCAAACUUGUCCAUAGAUUUGAUGAACAAAAAGCUUACACGAUGCCAGUAAGAAGGAACAGGAAAAGCAUGAUUAGCUUGGCACCCUCUGAUGGCAGCUCAGAGGGUGAGCGUGGAGAGCGCACCAGUCUCCACACCCUCCGACUAGGCGCCCUGAAAAAGCUGAGGAAAUGGAAGAAGAGCCAGGAAUGUGUCUCCUCAGAUUCUGAGGCCAGCAACUGGAGAAAAACUCUUGGCAUCCGGAGCAAGUCUCUGGAUCGAGCGGGGAGGCAGCAGAAAACCACCACCCUGGAGCCUGGAUCCAGCUCCACAGGUUGCAUCAGUCAAACACAGGAUGUGAUGGAGAUGAUCUUCAAAGAGCUUCAGGGAAUCAGCCAAAUUGAGUCUGAGCUCUCGGAGCUGAGAGGGCACGUUAAUGCCCUCAAAAGCUCCAUCGAUGAAAUCUCCAGCAGUGUGGAGGUGGUGCAGAGCGAAAUCGAGCAGCUGCGCUCUGGAUUCGUGCAGUCCAGGAGAGAAACGCGAGACAUCCACGACUACAUCAGACAGAUUAGCCACCAGACCAACAAAGCUACUUUGAGAUUCCUAAAUGUGCCUGAGGAGAAGUUCGAGAGAACUGAGGAACUCAUUUAUCAGAUUUUGAAGGAGAAAAUGGGUUUCAUUGAAGCACACAAGACACUUAAAAUUGAACUCGCCCAUCGGUUGGGGCAACAAAGAGAAUGUUCAAAUGCAAAACCUCGUCCUAUUAUAGUUAUUUUUGGAACUCCUCAAGACAGGGAUUUAGUUUUGAAAAAGUGUUACAAGCUCAAAGGCACUGGAAUAUCAAUCUCCACUGACAGUCUUGCACAUGACUCGAAAGAAAAGAAGGAUAAAGGCAUGAGCUCUUCCCAGACUUACGAAAGCAUGGACAUCAAAGUGUCGGCCAAAGACAAGGCCGAGAGCGAUGACUGGGACUCGAUGGACAGCGAUAAAGAGCUGGACGAAUUAAACAAAAACAAAUAUGCAAUUGUGUCCAAACCACCUCAGAAAACUAAACCAGACAAAAAAAAGUCUCACGAUCACAGAAGGUCUGCAGACGACACCUCGUACUCUGUGCAUUACGCAGACGAUACCGUGUAUGACGACAAGCAACACAAGUCCUACUAUUCUGAUAUCACUCCCGGUUGGCUCUCCCAAAGUGACUACUCCACUCCUAAACUCAGUCGAUCAGAAUCGGACUGCUCCAAACUGUGUCAGUCGUACUCUGAGGAUUUCUCCGAGAGCCAGUACUUCACCAGAGCAAAUGGAUGCUCCCUGCUCUCCUCCUCAGAUCAGGAGCUCUGGCAGCGGAAACAGGAAGACAUGGCUUCAUCCUGGUAUGCAAGUCCACCCAGUCAAACCCUCAGUCAGGAAAACCCACAUGCGUAUGUGGAACACAACGAAGUGGAGACCACAGAAACCAUCGACAGCGGAGUCAGUAACGGUCUGGUGUGCAUGUCCGGGGACAGAAGUCACUACAGUGGCUCUCAGCUCUCUCUGCAAGGUGAUCUCUCCCCUUGGAAAGACUGGCAUCACCUUGAACAAGGUGCUGACUCAGGCUUGGAUGCCUCCACUGAACAAAACAUUGUUUCAGAAAUUAGCAGCCCAUUUGAUCCUGCUGCUAACCCAGGCUUCCCUGAGAAGAUUACAAAAUGCCUUGAGGUCGAUUUGCAGUUUGAGGGAGAGACCUUCUUUGACAGUACGCCUGAGACGACCCAGGAGGUCGACAUGGAGCCAGAACCUAUCCUUGAACCCGAGUUUGAACCUGAGUUGGAACCUGAGUUAGAACCCGAGUUAGAACCUGAUGUGGAACUCAAACCACAACCUGUACCUGAGCCAGUACCUGAACCAGAACCUGAGCCAGAACCUUUGAUUGAAGCCGUCAUAGAGCCCAUGGUAAUACCCAAAGUUGUACAAGAGCCUGCAAAAGAAGCGAAAACUGAAAAGAAACAAAAGACCAAGACUAAAACCAAGCCAGAGUCAGCCCCUCAGACUCUGCAACGGCCAGAGUCCAAGGGGAACCACUUACAACAAAGUCAGAAAUCUUCAACCAUGUAUCGUAGCCAGAGUGAGAUCAGGACUGAAAAAGUGGAAGAGGUCCCCAAAUCCUGGAGCAGCAGAUUGAGCAUAGACCUGUCUGAGAAGACCUUCAGCUUCGGCGGUUUUGGGUCCACACUGCAGCGAGCCAAAUCUGCUCUAGAGGUCGUCUGGAAUAAGGGAUCCCAAAGCUCAAGCGCUCCUGCUGAAGAGCCGCCGAGCACCUCCUCUUUUAUGGGUCGAUUCAGGACCAUGUCCCAGUCUACAGCUAACGAUUCCAGCACCACGAUCGACUCGGAUGUCUACACAGAGCCCUUCUUCUACAAGGCUGAAGACGAAGAACAAGCCACAGAGCAACCUGUGGACAGUGAGACACAUUACGUCGAGGUGAUGGAGCAAGUUCUGGCAAACCUUGAGAACAGAACAAACGCCAAUGAGGCCGAGGCAGUGGAACAGUACCAAGAAGAAGAGUACGAAGUCUCCCAAGAGUACGACAUUUCGCAAGAAGGGAACCCCGUCUUGGAGUAUGACUGCAGUCUGGACGAACAGUACGAUGAAGAAUACAGCGAGGAUUACAACGAUAACCUGAUGACUGAGGACACUGCGGAGUAUGACGCCAUGGUCGAGUACAUCGAAGAAACCGAGGAAACGUUGGAUGAGGUUGAGAAGCUAGAGGAAGACGAGGAAGCAGAGAUAGAGGAGGUGCAGGAGGUGGAGGUGCAAGACACUGAAUCUACACCAGGUGCAGAGGAGGUCAAAGAAACAGUGCUUCAGGAAGAUGAAAACAAAAAUGUCACAGAAGCGCCUCCGGCAGUGCAGGAACCGGCCCCCAAGAAAAGGAUGCGACCAACCUUUAAGGAAGCUGCUUUGAGGGCAUACAGGAAGCAAAUGGCUGAGCUGGAGCAGCAGAUUCUUGCUGGAGACAGCACGGCUUUGGACACACAGGGUCGUGGAGGAAUCCUGGAUCCGGCUAAGCUUGGCCUGAGUAUAGGAGGGGCUGGCAGCAUUCUUUACGGCAUUGACAGCAUGCCAGAUUUACGGCGGAAGCGGACCGUGCCUAUCGUCAGGGACCUGACUUUGGCUGCUCGAAAGGCAGGCAUUUCGUUUGCGCUCGUGACCAGGUCCACCCUGAACAAUGAGGAUCUAAAACUGCAGGUGUUGAGAAAGACGCUACAGGCUCUAAUUUAUCCCAUCUCCUCCACCACCCCCCACAAUUUCGAAGUCUGGACUGCGACCGCCCCCACCUACUGCCACGAGUGUGAGGGGCUGCUGUGGGGCAUCGCGCGGCAGGGAAUGCGCUGCACUGAGUGUGGGGUCAAAUGCCACGAGAAGUGCCAGGACCUGCUGAACGCAGACUGCCUCCAGCGCGCGGUGGAGAAGAGCUCCAAGCAUGGUGCAGAGGACAAGACCCAGAACAUCAUCAUGGCCAUGAAGGAGCGAAUGAAGAUCCGGGAGAAGAACCGCCCAGAGGUGUUUGAAGUCAUCCAGGACAUGUUCCAGCUCUCCAAGGAGGACUUCACCAGCCACCUAAAGAGCGCCAAGCAGGCCGUGCUGGAGGGGACGUCCAAGUGGUCGGCCAAGAUCGCCAUCACCGUGCUUUGCGCCCAGGGCUUACAGGCCAAGGAUAAGACGGGCUCCAGCGACCCCUACGUCACCGUGCAGGUGGGCAAGACCAAGCGCAGGACCAAAACCAUCUUCGGCAACCUCAACCCCGUCUGGGACGAGACCUUCUUCUUUGAAUGCCACAAUGCUACAGACCGUAUAAAGGUGCGGGUGUGGGACGAGGAUGACGACAUCAAGUCUCGAGUGAAGCAGCACUUUAAGAAAGAGUCGGACGACUUCCUGGGACAGACCAUCAUCGAGGUCCGAAUGCUGAGCGGAGAAAUGGACGUUUGGUACAACCUCGAAAAAAGAACAGAUAAGUCCAUGGUGUCCGGGGCCAUCAGGCUGAAGAUAAAUGUGGAGAUGAAGGGAGAGGAGAAAGUGGCUCCGCCUCACGGCCAGUACACAUGUUUACAUGAGAACCUGUUCCACUAUCUGACGGAGGUGAAGAACAGUGGCGCUGUGAAGAUUCCUGAGGUCAAGGGUGACGAGGCAUGGAAGGUUUACUAUGAUGACAUUUCUCAGGAAAUUGUGGAUGAAUUUGCCAUGCGCUUCGGAGUGGAGUCCAUCUACCAGGCCAUGACUCAUUUCUCCUGCCUUUCAUCCAAGUACAUGUGUCCGGGAGUUCCAGCUGUAAUGAGUAACCUGCUGGCCAACAUCAACGCCUACUUCGCCCACACCACCACCGCCACCACCAACAUCUCCGCCUCCGACCGAUUCGCCGCUUCCAACUUCGGGAGGGAGAAGUUUGUGAAACUCCUGGAUCAGCUGCACAACUCUCUGAGGAUUGAUCUGUCCAAGUAUCGGGACAAUUUCCCCGCCGGAAACCCAGAGAGACUCCAGGACCUGAAAUCCACAGUGGACCUGCUGACCAGCAUCACCUUUUUCAGAAUGAAGGUGCAGGAGCUGCAGAGCCCCCCCAGAGCGAGCCUGGUGGUGAAGGACUGCGUCAGGGCCUGCCUUGACUCCACCUACAAAUACAUCUUCGACAACUGCCACGAACUCUACAACCAGCUCCUGGACCAGUCUAAGAAGCAGGAUUUGCCCCGUGAGGAGCAGGGUCCAUCCAUAAAGAAUCUGGAUUUCUGGCCUAAGCUCAUCACUCUGAUGGUGUCGGUGAUUGAUGAGGACCGAACAGCAUACACACCCGUCCUGAACCAGUUUCCUCAGGAGCUGAACAUGGGGAAGAUCAGUGCUGAGAUCAUGUGGAGCCUAUUUGCCAUGGACAUGAAAUACGCUAUGGAGGAGCACGAUAAGCAGCGUCUAUGCAAGAGCACGGAGUACAUGAAUCUGCACUUCAAAGUCAAAUGGUUCUACAACGAGUACGUGAAAGACCUGCCGGCCUUCAAGGGCACUCCGCCGGAGUAUUCUCUGUGGUUUGAGCCUUUUGUCAUUCAGUGGCUGGAUGAGAAUGAGGAUGUUGCCAUGGAUUUCCUCAAUGGAGCUUUGGAGAGAGACAAGAAAGAUGGGUUCCAGCAGACGUCUGAGCAUGCUCUGUUCUCCUGCUCGGUGGUGGACGUCUUUACGCAGCUGAACCAGAGCUUUGAGAUCAUUAAGAAGCUGGAGUGUCCAAACCCACAAGCCCUCGCCCACUUCAUGUGCAGAUUUGCUAAGACCAUCAACAAAGUUCUCCUGGAGUACGCCGCCAUCAUCACCAAAGACUUCCCCUCCCACCUCACUAAAGAGAAAGUGCCCUGCAUCCUGCUGAACAACAUCCAGCAGCUCCGGGUUCAGCUGGAGAAGAUGUUCGAGUCCAUGGGAGGAAAGCAGGAGGAGGGGGUUGUGGCCUUCUGUAAGCUGGAUGCUGAGGCCAGCGAUCUUCUGAAAGAGCUCCAGAACAAACUCAAUGCCGUGCUGGACGACCUCAGCAGAGUGUUCGGAUCCAGCUUUAAGCCUGUUAUAGAGGACUGUGUGAAGCAGAUGAAUCAGGAGCUGGUCCAGAUGAAAGGAACUGCUGGGAACAAAAGCAACGCAGCCAUGGACGCCGAGACCGUCCUCCGACCCCUCAUGGACCUGCUGGAUAAGAAUCUGAUCCUGUUUGCCAAGAUCUGUGAGAAGACGGUGCUGAAGCGGGUUCUGAAGGAGCUGUGGAAAAUCGUGCUCAACACCAUCGAGAGGCAGAUUGUCCUGCCUCCUCUCACAGACCAAACGCAAGGAGCUCAGAUGAUUUUCAGUGCCGCCAAGGACCUGGGACAGCUCUCCAAGCUGAAGGAACAUGUGAUUCGGGAGGAGGCUCGCAGCUUGUCGCCACGUCAGUGUGCAGCAAUGGACUUGGUGCUUCCCACCAUCAAGCAAUAUUUCCACGCGGGAGGAAAUGGCCUGAAGAAAACCUUCCUGGAGAAAAGUCCCGAACUGAAGUCCCUGAAGUACGCGCUCAGCCUUUACACCCAACCCACAGAUGCCUUGAUCAAGAAAUAUAUAUGCACCCAGACCUCUCAAGGUCAGUCGACGGCCGGCCCGGUGGGGGAGGUGCUGAUGCAGGUGGAUCUCAUCUCUCACCCAGGCACAGGGGAACACAAAGUCAGCGUGAAGGUGGUGGGCGUAAACAACAUCAACUGGCAGACGAACGCCAUGUUCCGGCCCUUCGUGGAGGUUAACGCUGUGGGGCCACACCUCGCCGACAAGAAGCGCAAAUUCAGCACCAAAACCAAGAACAACAACUGGUCUCCCAAAUACAACGAAACAUUCCAGUACAUUCUGAGUAAUGAGCACGGGCCCGAGGCCUACGAGCUGCACGUGUCGGUGAAGGACUACUGCUUCGCCCGCGAGGACCGAAUCAUCGGCAUGACCGUGCUCCAGCUCCGAGAACUGGCCGACAAGGUCAGCCUGAGCGCGGCGUACCCGCUCGCCCGCAGCGUCACCAUGGACGAGACGGGUCUGACCAUCAUGAGAAUACUUUCCCAAAGGACCAAUGACGAAGUGGCCAAGGAGUUCGUACGGCUCAAGUCGGACACGCGGUCGGCCGAGGAAGUGUCGUAAGCGGCGGAACCUGGGGGAGGGGGAGGGGCUCGAAUCAGCGAAGAGCAAAAAAUUAAACAAAAAAAAAGAGCAAGAAAAGUGAGAAGAAAGGGGAAGAAGGGAAUCCAAUCGGAGAGGAAAAACAGAGCAAAAGAGCGUCGUGUUGUUUGUUUCUGUGCAUGUGCGUAAAAAAAAAACAAACAAAAAAAACAUCUGUCGGAAUGUUCAUUUUAAAAACUAAAAAGAAGUACGUACUAAAAGUGUUUACCUACUGUAUGCUCACUAUUCAGUAAUAUAUUCUACGGUUACGUUAACGAGACGUUGAAUACUUUUUUGUAUGACGAAUAGUCUUUUUUGAACAGGUAUUUGUUCAGAUAAAGUGCCAAACCCAAUGCGAAAAAAAAGAACUAUUAAAACGAGAAUCAUGACGAUUAUUGGUGAACUUGGUGAUCUUUUAAAUUUGCUCGAAUCUUUUUGUCCCGGUGUGUGUGUGUGUGUGUGUGUGUGUGUGCGUGUACGUUUGUGUGUGUGUGUGUGUGUGUGUGUGUGUGUGUAUGUGUGUGUCAUUCCCUCUCUCUAAGUGUGUAGCAUUUGUUUCUUCCCCUUUUUCUGUUUGUUGUUUCGUUUCAUUUGCAGGGUUCUUUUGUUUGUUUGUUCAUUUGUUUGAUUGUUUUCUCUCUCUCUCUUUCUCUUUUUCUCAGACAGCGCUGCUGGUUGUGCAUGUUGCUUUUUUUUCUGUUCUUUCACAUUUUUUCUCAUCGCGUCUCUCUCUCUCUCUCUGUCUCUCUCUGUCUCCCAUGUACUCUCACUACAGCGGUCCUGGAGCCUCUGGCCCCUCGACCCCUCAGACUCUUUGUAUUUCGUGCCGACUUUAAAACGAGAACCAUGUUUUUUUAAAUGGCGAUGACUGCUACGUAACUCUUCAUAGGUGUUUGUAAUUUUAUAGCCAUUGACGACAACAAGGAACCGCCUUCAGUGCUAACCAGAUCAGGCAGGAUGGGGUGGAGCGUACUUUUCUUUUCUUUUCUUUCUUGUUUUGUUCGUCGAUUUGAUCCGCUCUUCAUUUCGCUCAAAUCUCCCGUUCAUUUCGGGCCGCAGGCUUCCAGCCUUUCAGAAUUAUCACUGUGAACAUGCUUCGAAAGGCAAUCUCACACAUGACAUUGCUGUGGGUCUGAUAUAUUUCUGUCUUUCAUUUUUCUGAAAUUAUUUUCUGUUUCUGACAAACUGCCAAAGUUCUAUUUAAAAAAAAAUCUAAUGUUUGUACAAAAGCAAUUAAUUAUCUGUAUAAAAAAAUACAUAAAGAUAUAUGCUGUUAUAUGUGCUAUAUUGAUUUUUUUUUUCAUUUGAGCAAUGCUAUGUCUGACUGUGAACGGGGUGAUUCUGAAAUGUUUAUUUUGGGGAUUAUUUCUGUGGAGAUGUUUAAUCGGAAAGUCGUGAAAGUUGUAAAUGUUGUUUUUUGCGUUUCCUGAGUUCUUUUUUUUUUUGACCUCCAUCGUUUUGUUUCAUUGUUUUUUUUUUCUUUAUAAAGGAAAGAGUUUAACAUUUGGUAAUUAUGCAACAUUCCUAUGUAUUGCACUGAUGGCGAACUGUAUGUCAUGUAAAUAUAUUUAGUGAGAAAUUGUAAA